UUAAAGGUUUCAAAAGAAAAUAAUUGAUAAACUAGAAAUGUUCAGUACGGAUAAAUGUACACUAUAUCAAAUAAAAACUGAAAGUUAAAUUAUAAUGAUGAUAAGAAUUCAAAGAAGACUAAUUUUUUUAAUAUCUUCAUUAAAUAAUUCAUUAAUUAAGUUUAUAAUUUACUAGAGAAAUUGUAGUAGAUAAGUGAUACAAUUAAAUGAUUUUAUUCACAUAAACUAUGUGACAAGCUUUAUUGUAGAAGAACUUCUUUUGAUUACUAAAAAGGCGAAUUCUUCAUGUUGUCACUGAUAACAACUGCAAUCAAAUCGUUCUCUUAUUAUAAAUGUAUAUUUUAUUUUAGUCUCAUCGCAUUUACCAAAUCUAGGUAUCGAUGCAAAAUGGAUACAAAAUGGUAUCACAGUAGCUGGAGGCAGUGGACAAGGCAAUGGAAAUAAUCAAUUAUUUAAUCCGUAUAGUAUGUACAUCGACGAAGAUGAAACUAUGUACAUUGCUGAUUUUAGUAAUCAUCGUAUUGUAGAAUGGAAACGUGAUGCACCCAAUGGCCAAAUAGCUGCUGGGGGAAAUGGAGCUGGAAACCAAGAUAAUCAAUUAAAUGGUCCAACAAGUGUCAUAGUUGACAAAGUAAAUGAUUGUUUUAUUAUCUCCGAUCGUGGUAAUGAAAGAAUAAUACGAUGGCCUCGUCAGAAUGGCAGAAGUGGACAAACAAUCAUCUCGAACAUUAAUUGUCUUGGAUUAGCAAUGGAUAAUGAAGGAUAUCUCUAUGUUUGCGACUACGUGAAACAUGAAGUGAGACGAUGGAAAAUGGGGGAUACAAAUGGAAUAGUAGUAGCAGGUGGAAAUGGACAAGGAAAUCGAGCUGAUCAGCUGAACCAACCUUGGAGCAUUUUUGUUGAUGAAGAGAAGUCAUUAUACGUAUCCGAUAAUGGAAAUCAUCGCAUGAUGAAAUGGGUUAAAGAUGCAAAGGAAGGUAUUUUAGUAGCUGGCGGUCAAGGUCAAGGAAAGGAACUGACACAAUUGUGCUAUCCUCGAGGUGUGGUAGUUGAUCGGCUAAGCAAUGUCUAUGUGGCAGAUCAAGGUAAUUGUCGAGUAACGCGUUGGCGUAAACAUGCUGCACAAGGUAGUAUCAUUGUUGGCGAUAUUAGACCAGGUACAGAAGCAAAUCAACUUAGCGGUCCUUUGGAUUUGUCAUUUGAUCAACAAGGGAAUCUUUACGUCGUGGAUCACAAGAACCAUCGUGUACAAAAAUUCAAUAUUGAUUCAACUUAA